AUGGAACCGUUGGCACCCAUGCGGCUCUACACGCUCUCCAAGCGCCACUUUGUGCUCGUGUUUGUCGUCUUCUUCCUCUGUUUUGGCCUGACUGUCUUCGUUGGGAUCAGAGGACCCAAAGUAAUCCAGACUUCUGCAGCGAAUUUUUCACUAAAUAACAGCAAAAAGCUAAAGCCAAUUCAAAUACGUUCGAAUCCACUAUCUACAUAUAAUCAGCAACUGUGGCUGACAUGUGUUGUUGAGUUGGAUCAUUCAGAAGAAACUUCUAUUCAGACGAGCUUUUCCAUGACUGUCAAAGUCAACGGUGUGGCCCAGGAUGGAACCACCAUGUACAUUCACAACAAGGUUCACAAUCGGACGAGGACCCUCACGUGUGCAGGGAAAUGUGCAGAAAUUAUUGUGGCUCACCUCGGCUACUUAAAUUACACUCAAUACACCGUGACUGUGGGGUUCGAGCACCUGAAGCAGCUCAUCAAGGAGAUGAACUUCACGUGGAAGACUUAUGACCCUGCGUUCUCCAAGCUGGAAAUUUGGUUCCGUUUUGUCUUCGUGGUGCUGACCUUCAUUGUCACGUGCCUGUUUGCACAUUCCCUGCGCAAGUUCUCCAUGAGAGACUGGGGCAUCGAGCAGAAGUGGAUGUCUGUCCUCCUGCCGCUGCUGCUGCUCUACAACGACCCGUUCUUCCCCCUCUCCUUCCUGGUGAACAGCUGGUUCCCAGGGAUGCUGGACGACCUCUUCCAGUCUGUGUUCCUGUGUGCCUUGCUGCUCUUCUGGCUGUGUGUGUACCACGGAAUACGGGUCCAGGGAGAAAGAAAGUGUCUAACUUUCUAUUUGCCUAAGUUCUUCAUUGUGGGACUCUUGUGGCUGGCUUCUGUUACACUAGGAAUAUGGCAAACAGUUAAUGAAUUACAUGAUCCAAUGUACCAGUAUCGAGUUGACACUGGAAAUUUUCAGGGAAUGAAGGUCUUCUUCAUGGUGGUGGCAGCUGUGUACAUCUCAUACCUCCUGUUCCUGGUGGUGCGGGCGUGCUCGGAGCUCCGCCACAUGCCUUACGUGGAUCUCAGGUUAAAGUUUUUGACAGCAUUGACCUUUGUAGUGCUUGUCAUUAGCAUCAUCAUCCUUUAUUUAAGGUUUGGAGCACAAGUGUUGCAAGACAACUUUGUAGCAGAACUGUCAACUCACUACCAGAAUUCAGCUGAGUUCUUAUCUUUCUAUGGCUUGUUGAACUUUUAUCUCUACACUCUGGCCUUUGUGUAUUCUCCAUCAAAGAAUGCUCUGUAUGAGUCCCAGCUGAAAGACAAUCCUGCCUUUUCCAUGCUGAAUGACUCUGAUGAUGAUGUGAUUUAUGGGAGUGACUAUGAAGAAAUGCCCCUGCAGAACGGCCAGGCCAUCCGGGCCAAGUACAAGGAGGAGUCUGACAGCGACUGAGCUCCAGGCAGUGGGCAGGGCGGCCAGAGGCCGGCCGCCUUCCUUCAGUGACCAUGUCCUGGCCUCCCCUCGACCUGCUUAUGUUCAGACUUUCUUAUAAGCAAGGUUCCCUGUUCCUUAUUUGUUUACAUAUUUGUAAAAGAAAAACCAAACCUUGAGAGAAAAUGUAUAUGUUGGGUCACAUAUGCUCCUUAUAUGGGAAAAGGCUGAUAAAAAGCAGAAAAAGCCAAAUCCUUUCUACAGAUUUCAGAUGGGAGAGCAUGUUUUCAGUGGUGAGAGAUUACCCAUUUUUAGUAGUUACGCACUUUGUUUUUUAAAAUAAUUCAGUAAUUUUGAGCCAUGGGAAACCUUCCUCUUCCUUCCCUCUCUUUCCUAUGGUACCUUUUUUUUUUUUUUUUAACUUAAAGUGAAGCCUGUUUCUGUGGCCACUCAGCUGGGCAGUCCUUCCCUGGGCAGUGGUCAGGGCCCUCGAUUCCCCAGACCCUGGAACCUUCACAUCUACUGCAUUGGGUGAGCCAUGUAUAGCACAUCUCACUGAGGAAAGGCAGGGGCCAGGCUCCAGCCCUUCACUGCCACUGAAGCAGAGGUGACAGUGACAACAGAAGUGAGUUCUGAGGAGCUCUGAUAAGCUGAAUGAGAAAGGACAGUUGCAGGUCACCAGCUCUGCGGGCGAGGUUCUGUGCCAUGGUGCUUUCCCAGGGUGUGUGCGCACACUGUACAGACGUGAAGAUGGGCGGAUAUCCCUGUGGUCGGGGUAGACAGCAGGGUAGCCCUUCUUGUUCUAAUAAAUAGUUUCUGCAACUUAGUUGAACAUGAAGCCCCACAGAGCUUUAUUUUUUUAAAUAAAAGCUACAUGAAUGAUUGUUAUAUUAUAGACUCUUUAUUGCCAAAAAGUUUUUCAGUUUCCUCUUUGGGAACUAGAUGAAAAGAAAGUAAGAGAUUUUAAAUGGCUAUGGAAACACAUCUUUGGGUAGAGGUAGCUUGUUUGGAAGUCACUCCCUGUGCUCCAGUGAGUCUCACAGUGGCCAUGUGAGCAGAUACAUUGCCCCAUGGAAAAUAGACAUCUCUGGUGCUGGCAAAGCUUGGGCAUCAGAGGUCCUUUUCCUUUCUGUCAGAGACAGUUGAUGUUCCCUUGCUCCUCCCUAGCCACACACAGUUAUGUCUGUUAACAUGUGAUAACUAUGACCAUCCCCCAUCUGCUGCCGUCUUGGCCAACACAGAGGCCCAGAAGUGGCUCGUCCCGCUCUCCAGGCAGCACCUACGGUCCCUUCAUCUAUGCACCAACUCUCAUAUUUCCAUCCAGAGCCACAGGUGACAGUCCACCUCAGGUGGUACUAGGACCUGAGAGAUGCUUGAAGGACACUAUGCUUUAUGACUUCCUUUUUAAACUUUAAUGAUAAUGUACUUUAUGGAUUUUAUUUACAUUUGUUUUUAAACACCUUGUAUAUAUGAAUGUUUGAAAACAAUUAUUGCAAGGGUAAUUCAAGUUUACAUGAUUUUUACAUCUGCAAUGCUGUGAUGACUUUUUGAUUCUGUAUAUUGAAAUGUUUGUUACCAAAUUUUACAAUUCCUACUGAGACUACUCCAACUAUAAUUUUAUGUAUAUUGAUAAAGACUGACUUGUGCUGAUUAACAUAUUAUGUAAUGUAGUUUAUGUUUUAAUCAUUAUAAAAGGAUUGUCCAUGAUUUGGAAUGCUGUUAUCAGUAAAUGUAAGAUACUGAGGUUUAGCCAUAGACAGAACUUUUUUAGUCUUGUCUUUGUCAUGUAGUGAUUAUAAACUGAUGGCUAAUAUUGUCACACACUGAUUCUUCAUAGCAUCAAUGAAAGAAAGUAUGGGAGUAUUUUUUUGUUGGAAACAAGAAAAAUAUUAGUACUUAUGGAAAAAUGGUUGCUUAUUAAAUCUUGCAUUUUUUAAUUUUGCUUCCCUGGGUGUUAUAGAUAUUGACACAUUAUAUAUUCCAUGUAAAAAUUUGCUUAUAAAUUACUAAGCAUGUAGAAUAUGUGCCAUAGGUAUUAGGUUAAAACACUAAAUUCUGACAGAAACUUUUGAUAGUAACAAAAUUGUUUUUCUAAGAGGAUAGUAAAGUUUUGCAACCUUAAAUUAUAAAUGGGCUGACUUUAAUGCUUUCAUGAUAAUGGAUUAAAUAACAUCGUCUCUGGGAUAUUUUUUUAUAUUGGUCCAGUCCAGGGGAACUUGGAAGAUGAACAGAGCUAUUUCCUGGUUUCCCUAGGGAAAGCUUCAUUAUCCACAUGGAUAACAGAUCUGCUUGAUUUAUUAUUAAAUCAUUCCAGCAGCGAAGUGGUGCCAUUCUCUUUCUAGAGAAGGGGAUAUAUGAACUAUAUUAAAGGUUUAUAAGGUGAUGACUAUACAUAAUUAUAGACUUCAGUAAGUUAGAAAAAUUGUGUAAACUCAGCGCAUUAGCUGGACAGGUUACAAGACAAAUGUCACCAGCCUCAAGUGUUUGAUGAACUGUUUAUUGACGGCAUAGUUAUGAUAAAGGUUAUAAUGUGGCCAGUACCUUAUUUCCUGAAUCAUUUUCACAGGAAAAAUAUACCCACAAAAGGGAUCAUUAAAAGAGACUACUCCAUGAACAUUUGUUAAAGAUUAGAUAAAGAUACUAAGGUGUAUUUGUGUAUUUUGAGGGUUUCAGAAACCAGUUGCCUUAGAGAUUAGAUUUGGGGGGGGUGAAAAAAGAAAAUACAAGUCUUUUCUUCAGGCCAAAGGAAAACUUUUCUUCAGGCCAAAAAUCUGUGACAUCCUGUUGAGCAGUUUAUCUUGUCUUGGGGUUUUGGAUGCACUGUUGUGAUAUACACUAUGAAAGGGUUUUCUGCUACUGAAAACUUCCUUUUUACAGAAAACAAACAAACAAACAAAAAAACCUGUAAAUAUUUGUAAAAAUGAAACACUGAACUUUUAAGGUCAAAAAGAAAGAACUAUGUAUUAGAUUUUGGAACUGUCAGUGGAACACAGUGCUCCUGGCCACCUGAUCAGAGUGGAUGUAAUCAAUCAGGCAAAUGUCAAUAAAUGUUUAUUUAUGGCAAACUUAC